AUGCCGCGCCGCAGCCAGACACCCGAAGAAUCCACCGCGCAAUUGCCAACACAGGCGCGGUCUCAUCGUGAUUCUGACGCUCGUGAACCGCGCACCCACAAAAAACACCACCGCUCCCACCGCUCGCGCUCCCUCCGUCGCGACGACGACACGCACCGACACAAGCGGCACCGCUCGCGCUCACCCGCCGCACCACGACCCAUAGACCUACCCUACAAAGCAAAGCCGCUAUCAAAGCGCCACUACGAAGACUACAAACCGCUCUUCCAAUCCUACCUCGACAUCCAGAAAAACAUCCAACUCGACAGCCUCGACGAGCGGGAGAUAAAAGGACGAUGGAAGAGCUUCGUCAGUCGCUGGAACCGUGGGGAGCUAGCAAGAAGCUGGUAUGAUCCGUCGAUGCUGAAGACAGCGCAGGAGACUGUGCAGACAUAUCGUACGACUUCUCCUGUAGCGCCCAGGAAAAGAGCGUCGCCCAGCUAUGCGCGGAAAGAAGAUGAAGCCUCAGAUGCGAGCGACGACGACUUCGGUCCCGCACCGCCUACAAACCUCUCCAGACAUACCGGACACGGUCCCACAAUCCCCAACAUGGACGACCUAACCCUCCGCAACGAACUCGUCUCCGAAGACCGCGCGCAUGGCCAAUCAAACUACAUCGACGACAUCCGACACGCCCGCAAAACGGAUCGGAAAUCGCAGAAAGAGGCUCUAGAUGACCUCAUCCCCCGCGCGGACCCCAACUCCCGUGAACGCCAGCUAGAGAAGAAACGCGAAACAACAUCCACCCUAAACUCCUUCCGCGACGCCAAAGAAGCCGGGGAGGUAGACGUGCCGGAGUCAGACCUCAUGGGCGACGACGGGAUAGACGUGUACAAGAAGAAGAAAAAGGAGCAGGAGAGGCAGAAGAACGAGAGGGAGAUACGACGCGAGGAGAUUGCGCGGGCGAGGGAGGCGGAGAGGAAUGAGAGACUAGCGGAACGAAGGGAGAAGGAAGCGGGGACCAUGGAGUUUCUGAAGAGGAUUGCUGCGGAGAGGUUUGGGUAG